AUGGCUGGAAGCAAGCAAGACGAGGGCAUUGUGGGCCGGCAGCUCUACCGACAGGGCUUCUUCCCGCGGCUGAGAUUCCGCUGUCAGGGGCGGGCGGUGACCUCGCGCGACCGCAACCUGUUCUACGCCGCAGUGGGCGCGACGUAUCUCCCUGCUGUGAUCUUUGUGGGGAGCAUUAUUCCGGUGGCACACUCGGAACAAGCGCUGCCGGUGUGGGCGCUGGCUCCGCUCACGAUGAUGGUGCUGAUGAUACAGGCGGCGGCAAUGGCCAGGGUCCACUAUGCCGACCCAGGCAUUGUGCCGGGCACAUCGGCGUACGGCGACGAGCGUGACAGCAAGGGCGCGGUCGUUCUCUCUGCUGCUAACUUUGCCAUCCCCAUCAAGCGGACUCCCUGUCGCGGCAUGAACGUGCUCGCCAAGUACUGCCAUGCAUGUCGGGUCUACCGCCCGCCGCGGGCGUCGCACUGCUCGCGAUGCUCGACGUGCGUGCUCAAGUUUGACCACCACUGCCCAUGGCUCGGCACUUGCAUCGGCGAGUGCAACUACCACGCCUUUCUCACCUAUCUUGCGCUCACUCUCGUCCUCACUCUCCACACGGUUCUUGUCUGCGUCAUGGUCAUCCUCCGCCUUGGUCUCAGCGCUCCGUUUGGCCAGGGCUACUCGAUGGGAGAGGUUCUGCGGCGGGUGCCGAUGGCCAUUGUGCUCAUUCCGUACGCUGGGCUCGUCUGCCUUGCCGUUGGCUCGCUCUUUUCGUUCCACCUCUACCUCAUUGCCUGCAACAUGACGACUGCCGAGUACCUUAAGAAGCCGAGCCACCAUCCGUACCGAGACUCGAUCGCCGUCCACUGCCUUCGUGCAUGGUGCCUCGUCCGCCCCGCGCCGCUUGACUGGCGCGGGCCCAGCGCUGUCUGCGCCGACGACCCCGGGCUCUCGUACGAUCUCGAGCUUGGAGGCGGCAAGGCGGUCGCUGCAUACAACGUCGAGCUUGGCGACUUUCUGGUUCCUGCCAGCAGCGACGAGCUUGACGAUGCUGAGCGCGAGGUGGUAUUUGAUGAUGCGGGCGCGGCCGAUCGGGACGGCCACGGCAUGGGUCUGGAACUGGCGCCGCUGGUGGCGUCGCUCUCGCACUCGUGCUCAGAAGACGGUGCGUGGUCUGGCGGGCCUGCUGGCUCGGAAGCCGACUCUACCUCGCACGUCUCGUCGGUCUCGUCCGAGGGUGAGCCGCUCUUGAUGCGACGGCUGCAGCGCCAGUCGCGAUCGUCAUCGCGAGCUUCGUCUCGGACCUCGUCACGCCGGAUCUCGUCGGGCGGGUAUGUAGUGAGCGGCGGCGGCGGCGGUGGGCGUGUGUAGCCGACGGGUGCAGCAUGCACAUGUGGCACCGAUUGUUUUACCAACUGCUCAGUUGUAGAUCUUGAUCGAGUGACCCGACGAACGGGUGGAAGUCGGCGUGGCGCGGAUGUCCUCGACCUUCUUGUUGGCGUGACGAAUGCCGAUGUAGUCCGAGUUGAAGAACUUGUGUCUGUUGAGGAUGUACGCGUCGUCGAGGGUCUUGGGCGAGGAGAACGAGACAAGGUAAAACUUCCAGGCGG